UGGAUGCUGAGUUAUUUAUCUGGACAUGGUACUCCCUAUUCCUCUGGAUGUUGAGCUAUUAAUCUGGACAUGGUACUCCCUAUUCCUCUGGAUGCUGAGCUAUUUAUCUGGGCAUGGUACUCACUAUUCCUCUGGAUGCUGAGCUAUUUAUCUGGACAUGGUACUCACUAUUCCUCUGGAUGCUGAGCUAUUUAUCUGGACAUGGUACUCACUAUUCCUCUGGAUGCUGAGCUAUUUAUCUGGACAUGGUACUCACUAUUCCUCUGGAUGCUGGGCUAUUUAUCUGGACAUGGUACUUCCUAUUCCUCUGGAUGCUGGGCUAUUUAUCUGGACAUGGUACUCACUAUUCCCACCGCAUUCCAGUAUAUAAUGAGGGAUACACUAUAGGCACUUCUGUACAUUUCCCCGCACAUAGAAGGCAUUCCAUACAUUACUCGCUGUUUAUCACGAUAAGAUGCAGACUUGCCCAGUCAUGUUCUCUGCCCUCCUGGAGAUGUGCCAGGACCUGACCCGUGACCACUAGGCGAGACCCCCUCCUGCAUACAAGACGUGACGGAACUCGUCUGGCUCCACAGUCCUCCUCACGUCCUGCAGGCCAGGCGCUCCGCUCCCGCCGCUUCCACGUCCCUCGAGUGCAGCGAGCCUUAGGAAGAGGCAGCGUCUACAGGAAGUGACUUGUACGGCUCAUUAUUAACGCCUUUCUAUCCGUGUACACUGCACCAGUCUUUCUGUACCGCUCUGCUGGGCCGGUGCCCGGUGACGAAAGGGUUAAAAGAAGUGACAACGUCAUGGUACCGGGGCACGCCGGGAGUUGUAGUCCGUGUGUCGUGGUUGCGACAGAAUGUGAAUAGGAAGCUGUAGUUACAGGUAGCGAGUAUUAUGUUGACAUUCACAUCUAACAGGACGUGUAUCUAAAACUGUCUACGUAAGAUACUAGAAAAUAAAUGAGAAAAUGGACGAAGAAUCCAAAAGCUUACUUCUUCAGAAUCUAGUAGCGCUAGCGAAGGAUAUCCGCUCCUCCUACAUCAUGGACCAUAUGAUAAGUGAUGGGGUCAUUACACCACAUGAGGAGGAAAUGGUUAAAAAUAAGGCUACUCAGCUUGACCGAGCAAACCAGCUCAUCAAGAUCAUUCUCGGCAAAGACAACCGUGCUUUUAAUUCCUUUUACAAUGCUCUGCUACAUGAGGGUUACAAAGACUUGGCUGCUCUUCUCAAAGGGGCGACUUCCCUUGAUUUGUUCAGAAGUGGCAAAGCUUCAUCGAACGGUAUCACAUCAUAUGUGAAAACAGCCUUAUGUGAAGGUGGAGUGCCACAGAGACCAGUUGUGUUUGUCUCUCGGGAGAAGAUGAUAAAGGGCAUCCAGGACAGCUUGUACCAUUUGAAGAAUGAGUCUGGCUGGGUGAUAGUGUAUGGCAUGGCAGGCUGUGGCAAGUCAGUAUUAGCCGCUGAAGCUCUCCGGGACCACAGCAUUCUUAAAGACUGUUUCCCUGGGGGAGUCCACUGGCUUUCUGUUGGGAAACAGGACAAAGCAGGUUUGCUGAUGAAGCUGCAGAAUCUGUGCACCCGUCUGGAUCAGGACUGCAAAUAUUCCCAGAGACCUCCUCUGAAUGUUGAGGAAGCCAAAGACCGACUUCGCCGCCUCAUAAUGCAUUCAUAUCCCAGGUGUCUCCUAAUUUUGGAUGACGUUUGGGAUUCCUGGGUGUUGAAGGCAUUUGACAUCCAGUGCCGUGUUCUCAUAACAAGUAGAGACAGAAGUGUGAUUGACACCGUGUCCGGGAUGAAGCUAUUUGUCCAUGUGGACAGUGAACUAGAACACCAGAAGGGCUUAGAAAUUCUCUCUCUUUAUGUGGACACGAAAGUAGAAAAGCUGCCAGAAGAGGCGCAUGAUAUCAUACAACAGUCAAAAGGCUCGCCUCUCGUAGUGUCAUUAAUUGGCGCACUGUUACGAGAAUUCCCCAGCCGCUGGGCUUUCUACCUCAAACAGCUACAGAGGAAACAGUUCAAAAGAAUAAGAAAAUCCUCAUCGUACGAUUAUGAAGCACUGGAUGAAGCCAUGUCUAUGAGUGUGGAUAGGCUAAAAGACGAUGUAAAGGAAUACUACAACGAUUUCUCCGUUAUAGAAAAGGAUGUGAAAGUGCCAACUAAGGUUCUGUGUAUCCUAUGGGACAUGGAGAGCGAGGACGUGGAGGACAUGCUUCAGGAGUUUGUCAACAAGUCACUGUUGUACUGUGAUCGCAAUGGAAAGUCAUUUCUGUAUUAUUUGCAUGAUCUCCAACUGGAUUUUCUGACCGAGCGAAACCGUGCACAACUGCCUGCUCUUCACGCCAAGCUUGUCAGUCAGUAUCGCAAGCGCUACUUACACGGGCUACCUACCGUGGACCAAGAGGAUUAUGCAUACUGGUACCAUUAUCUAGCGUACCAUAUGGCACAGGCCAACAUGCACCAAGAACUUUGCUCCCUGCUGUUUUCAUUUGAUUGGUUAAAAUCGAAGACGAGAUUAUUUGGGCCUGCUCACCUCAUUCAUGAGUUUGUGAUUUACCGGGACAUUCUCGAUAAACAGGACAGUAAAGCACGUGAAGAUUUUCAAGAGUUUUUGUCUGUAAACGGUCAUCUCCUGGGGCAGAAUUCUCAUAUAAACAUGGUCCAGUUGGGGCUUUCUCAGCCAAAUGAGUCUGCAGUGUAUAAACAUGCUAUUCAACAUGUCAAAGAAGAACUUCAGCAAGGAGCACUCUAUGUCAACUGGAUAAACAAGCAAAGUAUGAAGAACCUGGCAAGCCUAGCAGUGCGUCCUCACACAGAGGCAGUGUACCAUGCCUGCUUUUCUCGGGAUGGACAGAGGAUCGCCUCCUGUGGAGCUGAUAGAACCUUACAGAUCUUUAAAAGUGGAACUGGGGAAAAUCUGCUUCAUAUAGAAGCUCAUGAGGAUGAAGUUCUGUGCUGUGCCUUCUCACCCGAUGACAGAUAUGUAGCAACUUGUUCAGCCGAUAAAAAAGUGAAGAUAUGGAACGCGGUGACGGGGACCCUGAUACAGAAUUAUGAUGAACAUUCGGAGGUGGUCAGCUGCUGCCAGUUCACCAAUGGAGGCUCUCCUACUCUCCUUGCCACAUGUUCUCAUGACUGCUUGCUCAAACUGUGGGACCUUAGUAAGAAGCAUUGUAAGAACACCCUUUUUGGCCACGGAGACUAUGUCAACCAUUGCAGGUUUUCACCAGAUGACAAGUAUUUGGCAAGCUGUUCUAUGGAUGGCACAUUAAAGCUCUGGGAUGUAUCAUCUGCUAAUGAGUUCAAGACCAUUGAUGUUGCAGUGUCUUUCCAAGAAAAUGAUGAAUCUCAGUUUCUGCUGAAAUGCUGUUCUUGGUCUAAUGACUGCUCCAGAAUUAUGGUGACCGCACGUAAUCGCCUUUAUAUUUUUGAUGUAGAAAGCAGUGAUCUUGUGUCUGAGAUUGAAGCGUGUGAACAGAGCACUAUACUGUAUUGUGACUUCUGCACAACAAAUCAGAUUGUAGCAAUGGCACUGUCACAUUAUGUUGUCCAGCUGUGGGAUAUAGACUCCAGUACAAAAAUAGCCGACUUCAAUGCACAUUUAAGUUGGGUCCACUGUGUCAAAUUUUUUCCAGAAGGGUCUUCGUUCUUGACGUCUUCAGAUGACCAGACAGUGAAGCUUUGGGAAACAAAUAAAGUGUGCAAGCCCUCAGGCACAAUCCUGAAGAGUGAAUUUGAUGUGGUGUUUAGUGGAGAUGAAGUGACUGUUUUGGCCCCUGACAAGGAAGAUCGGUUACUGUUAAUUAAUGGAAAGACUGGAGAUCUGGUUUGCCAGAGCAGCAGACAGGACUUUUUAUUAACAUGCUGCUGCCUGCGCCAUGAUCAACAAUUAGCAGCUGUUGGUGGAGAAGAUGGAAGUGUCCAGGUUUUUGAUUUGGUCACUGGCAAGUUUUUGAAGCACUCACAGGGUCACAGCGGAACGGUCCAGCAUUGCCAGUUCACCCUCGAUGGGGAGUGGCUGGUAUCAAGCUCUGAUGACUCAACAAUCCAGGUCUGGAACUGGUCAUCUGGAAAUAGCUUUUUACUACAAGGACACAACGAAGCUGUGAGGUGCUUCAAAAUUCUUGAGAAUGCCAAGCUCCUGUCCUGGUCAUUUGAUGGGACUGUGAUGGUAUGGGACCUUCAGAAUGGACGAAAAGAAGAUGUACUUCAGUGUCACAAUGGUGCUGUCCUGUCUUGUGAUGUUUCAUCUGACUCACUGAAAUUUUCAACUACUUCAGCUGAUAAGAGUGCCAAGAUCUGGAGUUUUGCUGGAUUAUCUCUUCUACAUGAGCUGAGAGGUCAUCAGAGCUGUGUGCGAUGCUGCAACUUUUCAUCUGACAACCACUAUUUAGCAACCGGCGAUGACGAUGGUGAAAUAAUGAUUUGGAGUGUGCUAAGUGGAGAACUUCUCAGACAAUGCCUUGAGAUGUCUGUGAAUAAGAUUGAUGGCUGGGUGACAGAUAUUCACUUUUCACCCGACAGUAAACUAUUAGUAACCUCCGGAGCCCAUGUCAAAUGGUGGGACGUGGACACUGGGACCUGCAAACAGACUUUCUACACUAAUGGCACAAACUUGAAGUCAAUACAUCCGUGUUCUUCUUUUAGAACUUUUGUAACCAUUGACAAUCUUGGAAUUCUGUACGUGCUUCAGUUGGUGGAGUGACAAUGACACUGCGUGCGUUAAAUAUGCUGUUCCAUUAGGUUCUUUUGAUAAUCUACCUUAUAGAACAGGAUACAAACUGAGAGCAAACCAACAGGGAUCUUAUACAUAUCGCAGCUUAGCGCCGCUCUCGAAUACGACAUGCUGUGUUUUUUUUAAUUGCCACUUGGCAGUAGGUGGGGCAGAAUAACAUUGAACUGAAUGCCUUUUAAUAACAUUAUUUUCCUUCUGCUGUCAUGUACUGUAUGUUAUCUUGAAGUGACGGCGCCAGCAGAGCAAUCCCAAUACGGAAGGUCGGAAAUAGUCCUUUCACUAUGUUUACAGGUUAACCCUUGUGUCCAUUGCAUGUGAAUAUUUUUUAAUAUAAAUUGACAUAAACUGUGAAUUAAUUUCUGAGGGAAAGGGAAUUUUUCACAUAAAUCAGCUGCAGCAAUACAUAAUUUGCCUUUUUUGCACUAAAAUAUAAGUUUGUAAAUGGCACAAAAAAUCAUGCCAGAUGAGUUCAGCUUUUAUUCGGAACAUGG